AUGACAACGAAGACACCAACUUUAUCACCAACUUCUUCGACACCCUCUUCAAAUAACACCAUUUCUACUCAACCUCAUGUUUCAUUUGCCUCAGCCGCAAAAUCAUCAGCAAUAGAAACAGCAGAAUCGAUAACACUGACAUUACCUCAUAAAGGAAGAAGAGCAAAAAAUUUAUUAAGAAAUUAUUAUGGAUUAGGUCCAGAUGGAAAAAAAGCUAAUCCUUUCGAUAUUGAAAUUAGACAACUUGAUGGUGAUAUGAAAACUUUAGUUUAUGAGAAUUAUAGUAAAUUUAUUAGUGCCACAGACACAAUAAGAAAGAUGAAAAGUAAUGUUGAAAGUAUGGAAUCAGAAAUGCAACAAUUAUCUCAAAACAUCACAGAAAUUUCGAAUGUUAAUUCAUCCAUGAAUACAAUUUUGGGACCAAAACGAGAAAAGAUUCGUCAAUUGACUGGAGUUCAUGAUUUAUUAAAAAAGAUUCAAUUCAUUUUUGAAUUACCUAAAAGAUUGAAACAUUGUUUAGAUCAAAAUUCUUAUACUCAAGCUGUAAAAUAUUAUGCUAAAACGUCACGUCUCUUGGAACAUUAUAGAAGUUUAUCAGUAUUUAGUUCAAUUGAAGUGGAAUGUAAAGAAAUUAUGGAUAAAGUCAUUAAAAAGAUUAAAGAAAAUAUGAAUAAAAAAGAUGUAAGUGUUAAUAACACAUUUUCUUAUUAUUCUAAUUUAUAUUUUAUAAGUUCUGAAAUGACAGAAUGUAUGAGAUUGUUAAUAGCAUUGAAAGAACCUCCUGAAAUGCUUGCCAAAGAAUAUCUUGAAUUAGACAUUAAAGAUGGACGAUCUCCUUCAAAAUCAUCAUCAAAGAAUUUUGAAUAUGUUUUUGCUAAUUUAGGUGAAGAGGAUAACAUUACUGAUUUUCAGCCAGAAAUACAUUUACAAUUAUUAAAUGAAUUAUAUUUUUCAUUAUCAUCAUGCCGUAGUUUAUGUUCAAUUGGAAAAUUAGAUGAAAAAGUUAAAGAAUUAAUUGAUUCUUGGGAAAUUGAUGUUGGAAAAAUAUGGUUUGAAAAAGCAGAAAAACAAUUUAUGGAAUUAUUAUCUCAAAGUCAAUUCAAACAUUUACGUACAUUUGCGGUAAAUAUUAUAACGAAAUUAUCAGAUUACCUGAUAAAUGACUGUUUAAGAGUAAUAGAGAAAUGUGUAAAAACUGAAGUUCCAUUAUUGCAAAUUAAUGGUAGCAUUAAGAACCUUUUGAAAAAGUUUCAAAUACAAUUUCGAUCAUUUUGGUAUUCUCUUAUCACUUCUAUGAUCAAAUAUGUUACUCCUAAAAUACCGUUACCAUUAAAUCAACAACAAAUUUUACCACCACCAUCAAUUGUUAUCUUAAUAAUUUCUCGAAUAUUAUUGGAUUUUGGUGAAUUUGUUGUCACACAAGAAUUGGCCCAAGAUGUUAGAGGAAUUGUUGGAUUUUGCAAGGAUGUUUCCCAAAGAGUUUUAGAACGUUAUUUGGAAGUUAUAGGAAACAAAUUAUCAAAAAAUAUUCGAGAUUUUUAUGGUUAUUCUAAAAAUAUGAAAUUUAGUUCUGAUGAUGAUGAUAAUAAUAAUAAGGUAUCAGAAAUAUGGAUUAAAACUAUUAACGAAUUGACAUUUAUUGAAAAAACGGUGAUGGCUUUAUAUGGACCUCAUGAAGAAAUAAUGGAUGAUAUUGUCGAAAAUUCUGCAAAUUUAAUGUCAAAUAUUGAUAAAUUGUUUUCAGAUAGGAUUGAAAUUUUUGGGAUUGCGGAAUUUAGCAAAGUUGGGAUUAUGUUGGGUAUUAUAAAGAUUAUGUUAAAGACAUGGAUUGAAAUGAUAAGAAUUCAAACAUUAACUCAAAAAACAUUUCAACAAAUACAAAUUGAUUCUGAAUAUAUGAGAAUUAAAUUAUGGAAAUUUAUUGAAGAUGAAAGGGUAUUGAAUACUAUGUUACAAGAAUUAGCAUCAAGUGUAUUUAAAAGAUGUGCAGAGGAUCCCGCUCCAUUGGAUAAUGCGGUAAUUGAAAAAAUUGUUGGAGGAAUAUAA